AAAGGUGGCAAAAUGAUCAUAAACAAGACUGUUCAACUAACACAACGGAAACGAGUUAAGAUGUCUGGAUAUGCGUAUUCAAAGAAGUGUUUACUUGCCGACCAAUGCCUUUAAUCAUUCUAUAAAGAGCUUCACUUACCUAAUCACUCACACACACACACACCCAAAAAAAAAAAAAAAAAGUAACACAGCAAGUCAACAUGGCUGUGGAACAUUCACCAAAUCUGAGAGUUCUAAUGUUUCCACACUUAGCAUAUGGCCACUUCACACCUAUCAUUGAGGUAGCCAAGAGUCUCACAGACAGAGGCUUCUCCAUUGAAUUGUGUUCAACUCCCAUUACUCUUAGUUUGAUCAAGAAAAAGAUCCCACACAAGUACUCUUGUUCAAUUCACCUAGUGGAACUUCACUUACCAGACUUGCCAGAACUUCCUCCGCAAUACCACACGACAAAUGGCCUCCCAGUCCAUCUUGGACCAGUGCUCUUUAACGCCCUCGCGAUGUCAGAACCACAGUUUUACCAAAUCCUGAAAGAUCAAAAACCCCAUGUGUUAAUAUUUGAUGUCCUGCUACCGUGGGCGGUAAAGGUUGCAUCUAGUCUCAACAUCCCAGCGAUAAAAUUUUGCGCUGAAAGUGGAGCUAGUUCUUGUUACUAUGGUCAUCGCUUUAUCAAACCAGGAGCGGAGUUCCCUUUCCCAGCUCUCUAUCUCAAGGAUUACGAGAAGGAGAUAGAGCGCUACAUUGUGAAUAAAGUGGAGGAAGAAGAAGAAGGUGAGAGAAUCAUGCUGUUGAAUAGCUCUAGAGCAAUAGAUGGAAAGUACAUGGACUAUCUUUCUGAAAUAGGCCAUACAAACAUCCUGCCUACUGGAGUGGCAAUUCAAUUUCAAGAUGUUGAAGAUAUGGAGGAAACAGAACUCACUAAAUGGCUCGGGAAGAAGAACGAGCAUUCAACUGUUUACGUCUCGUUUGGGAGUGAGUGUAUUCUGAAAAAGAAAGAAAUAGAAGAGCUAGCUUACGGGUUAGAGCUUAGCGAUGUUCAUUUCGUAUGGGUUGUAAGGUAUCAAGGAGGAGAACAAGUAGUUAACCUCGAAGAGGCACUUCCUCGAGGUUUUCGUGAAAGAAUCGGAGAAAGAGGAAGGAUAGUUGAAGGAUGGGCUCCACAGGCAAGAAUUCUAAAGCACCCGAGUAUUGGAGCAUUUGUAACUCAUUGUGGUUGGAAUUCCACACUCGAAAGCAUAAUGUUUGGUGUUCCAAUCAUAGCUUUGCCUAUGAACUUCUGCUCAGAUCAGUCUGUCAAUGCUAGAAUGGUUGUGGAGAAAGGAAUUGCCGUGGAGAUGGCGAGAGACGGAAAUGGGAAGCUUCAUAGAGUUAAUAUAGCCGAGACUCUUAAAAAUGUGAUUUGCGGUGGAAAAAUUGGGGAAGAUUUGAGGGGGAAGGUGAAGAGUCUUGGUGAGAAUAUAAGAUUGCUAAGAGACGAAGAGGCGGACAAAGUUGCUGAGGUGAUAAAACAGGUUUAUGAGAAGAAUCAGUCCAAGAAUGCCUUAACAUGAUUCAUUCAAGAUAUAACAAAAUGCAUCAGCAGUAACAGAGGCAGGUCUAGAAUAAAUUCAACUAGUUGAACUGAAUCUAUUGCUUUUGUGUGUGUGUGUGUGUGCGUGAAUGACCUCCUUUGUACUUGUGUGUGUGUGUGGUUUUAAGCAGUAUCUGCAUAUGUCAUCUUAUGGUGAUAUGAAUAAACUCACUUGUGUUUC